CUAAAUUUCCCGGUCUUGCGCGCUCGUACUGUUCGUAAUUACAUCCUUGACUUGCGGCUUCAUUCCUUUCAUCUUCUCCUCCGCCUGUAUUCAUUUCUCUCGCAUUUCCUUAGGACAAAGCAUCGUUUUCUUCUAGCUACCAUGUCUAGCGGGUUGUUAGAGACCCCAGCCUUCGUCAUUAGAGUCGCAGACGUCUUCACUUCUUGUAUUGACGCCUUUGGCUACUUCAAACUCUACCAGAAUGCGACCAGAGACAUCGAAGUUGUCUUACUGAAACUCGACAUCGAAAAGGCGCGGCUUCUGAUCUGGGGCGAAAAUUUCGGUAUUCUCUCUCCUGAUCAUGGUAAUCCUCGGCUACUGGACGAGCGGGUAGCAGGAGUCAUCAAGGCGACGCUUAGUAGGAUUCAGGAACUGCUCACCGACUUAGACGAAUUGCGGGCCUCAUACGGAGCUCAGACACUGGACUCAUCCUUGUCCCGCGCGGUCGACUAUAUCAGCGCAAAGAGUCUGUACCUCAUCAACGACCUGAGUCACUUCGUGGACAGCCUCUUCGAAUUGAUCAAUCGUGGGCGAGGAACUCAAGACCGAGCCAUCAUUGAAGAUAUUGAAUCCAGCAUCGACACCUCCCAAUUGGCCAUCGUUGAAGACGCCACUGAGAAUUACCCGGCAUGCCUCGAGGCUGCGAGAUCUGCUAGAGCUUCAACUGAGGCCGGAACUCUCGAUCCAAGGACAUUGGAGAAGCAAAUCCGAGGCAUGGAAGAUGUCUAUUAG